CCACUGUCAAUCAGAGCGCGGAUCCAGUUGACUCGAGCGGCAAACCCGCGAUGGCGGCCGGCACCUUCUUCUCGGUCUCCCUCACUGUCUGGGCCCUCGGGACCGGCCUCUCCGCUGCCCCGAGCCCGGCCCUGACUCCAGAACUCGGCCUGAGCUGGAAAAACAUCUCGUGCGCGACCUGCCGAGCAAUUUUCACCGGAUUAGACAUCGCCCUUCAGCUGAACAAUAACUUAGAUGAAGUGGCUGUUCUCGCCUCGGAAGUGUGUGUCCGUCUAAAGCUCGCGCCUCGGGAUAUCUGUGAACAGGCCAUUGCUUUGUUCAAACACGAUAUGAUUACUGCCUGGAUUAACUCCAUCUUAAAGCCCUCAGAAAUCUGCGGCUUGAUGCUUGGCAUUUAUUGUGGUCAUUGGGACAUUUACUCUGACUGGAAUGUGACGCUCCCUGAUAAGCCAAAGCCACCUGUUAUUCCCCCAAAACCACCCCAACCUGGUGCACCGAUCACAAGGGUCCUGUUCCUUACUGACGUUCACUGGGAUAAGGAUUACAUCCCGGGGAGCAACCCUGAUUGCAGAGACCCCUUGUGCUGCAGGAAAGGCUCAGGUUUACCCCCAAAACAUCGGAAAGGAGCCGGCAAGUGGGGCGAGUACAGCAAGUGUGACCUUCCCCUAAGUACUAUUGAGAACAUGCUCCAGCACCUCCAGUCCAGACAUUUUGACCUAGUCUACUGGACUGGGGACAUUCCAGCGCACAAUGUCUGGCAUCAAACUCGGAAAGACCAACUCCUGGCCCUCAACACCAUCACAGCACUCGUCUGGAAGCACUUGGGAAAAGUUCCCAUCUUCCCUGCAGUCGGCAACCACGAGAGCACGCCAGUCAACAGCUUCCCCCCUCCGUUCAUUCAUGGCAACGAGUCCUCAGCCUGGCUCUAUGAUGCAAUGGUGGAAGCCUGGAAAGACUGGCUUCCAAAGGAGGCCCAGGAAACACUCCGGAGGGCAGGGUUUUACACAGUGAAAGUCCAGCCUGGACUGCGACUCGUCGCCCUAAAUAUGAACUUUUGUUCCCAUGAAAACUUCUGGCUGUUGGUGAACUCGACUGAUCCAGCUGGCCAGUUACAGUGGCUGAUCAACAUUCUGCAGGAUGCAGAGAACAAUGGAGACAAGGUUCACAUCAUUGGUCACAUUCCACCAGGUCUCUGCAUGAAGGUUUGGAGCUGGAACUAUUACCGAAUUGUCAACAGGUACGAGGGGACAAUUGCUGCCCAGUUUUUUGGCCACACCCAUGUUGAUGAGUUUGAGGUUUUCUACGAUGAGGAGACUCUGAGCCGUGCAGUGUCUGUGGCCUUCAUCGCCCCGAGUGUUACCACUUACAUCAACCUCAACCCAGGAUUUCGGAUUUAUCUGAUUGACGGAAAUUAUUCAGAGAGUUCGCACUCGGUCCUUGACCAUGAGACAUAUAUCCUGAACCUGACCGAGGCCAAUGAGAGUGUGAAUCCCAAGUGGGUCCUCCUGUACAGGCUCAGGGAGGCAUACAGGAUGGAGACUGUGUUCCCUGCUGACAUGGACAAUCUCAUCAGCCUCUUCCUACGUGACGAUGGCCUCUUCCAGAGGUACUGGUUCCUGUACCACAAGGGCCACACUGCGCAGGUGUGUAAGGAAGCCUGCAAGACAGCCACCAUCUGUGCCCUGCGCACAGGCCGAGCGGACGAUCCUGCCCUGUGCAAGGGCUUUCACAAGGUGGUGAUGUUCAGGGAAACGCAGAACCUUUGGAGGGGGCGGAGAAUGUGCUAAAAUCAUCCCAGGAAAGCAAUCCAAAACAUAUCCUCUUAAUGAUUUUAUCCUCGAUUUAAUUUGGAAACAUCCAAUUAAUGAACUUUUAAUCGACUUUCUUGAUGAUGGGCUGGGCUCGGCUGGAUGGACUCUGACCAGGUGACAGACUGGGCACCGUGUGGUGGACUCAGAGCAAUGGGUGACAGGUUGGGAGCAACAGAGUGGACCCUGACUGAUGGCUAAUGGGCUGGGUGUGAGACAGUGGACUCAAAGUUAUGGGUGACAGUCCUUAUGAACUCUCAGUCCACUCAGAGCAUCAGUAACUGCCCGACCAGUGAAUUUGCUGAUGCAAAAGUUCAAUAUUAGGACGCAGGUUCGUCCAAACCCUUAUCAUUGAGUGCCAGGGGAGGGAGGGGUUGCAACAUUGGGCUGUUUUUAAUCUCUGAGUAACUGCUGGGUGACAAUGAUCCCAGAUCACCACAAGCCUCCUCAAACCCUCAUACAACUUUGAUUUCUUUCCCUCACUUGCAUACGAACAUAGAAAUCAGCAGCAGGGGUAGGCUGUUCAGCUCCUCGAGGCCUGCUCAGCCAUUCAUUAAGAUAAUGGCUGAUCUGAUUGUGGGGUCAACUCGCUGUCCGGCCUACCCCUGAUAACCUUUGAUCCCUUAACUCAGCCUGAGCCAAGACUUGCAUCCCAGGGAACCUGUUAAUUCCCCCAUUGUGUGCCAAUGUGCCAGUCAUCACUCUGGGUUCCUUGACAGGAAUGUCAGAACAGGAGGAGGCCAUUCAGUCCCUUGUCUACUUCACCAUUCAAUUAGAUCAUGGCUGAUCCGAAUCUCAACUCCAUUUAUAUUUGCCUUUGCUUCAUAUCCCUUAAGUUCUGAAAGCUCCAUUUGACUCCCAGUCCAAAGUCUUUUUGAGGAGAGAAUUUCAGAUUUCUGUUACGUGUAUGUACAGGUGAUAAUCCACCCCCCAUCCAUCUCUUCGAGUAGAUGGACCACUGGCCCAUGAAAUUCUACAUUGAUGCAAUUUGAGGUGUGCUGAAGGUAAUUCUUGGGGGGAUUUUUGGAACAGUAUGGAGGGAGCUUUACUCUUUAUCUAACCCCGUGCUGUACCUGCCCUGGGAGUGUUUGAUGGGGACAGUGUAGAGGGAGCUUUACUCUGUAUCUAACCCCGUGCUGUACCUGUCCUGGGAGUGUUUG